CCUGGGGGACGAGGAGCAGGACGCGGCCUCGGCCGGGCCCGGGCCGAACGGCUGCGGACACCCGGGCGCCGGGGACCUUAGCGCCGCCGCCGCCUCCGGGAUGGAUCAGUGCGUGACGGUGGAGCGCGAGCUGGAGAAGGUGCUGCACAAGUUCUCGGGCUAUGGGCAGCUGUGCGAACGCGGCCUGGAGGAACUCAUCGACUACACGGGCGGCCUCAAGCACGAGAUCCUGCAGAGCCACGGCCAAGAUGCUGAAUUAUCAGGGACACUUUCACUUGUUUUGACACAGUGCUGUAAAAGAAUAAAGGAUACUGUUCAAAAAUUGGCCUCAGACCACAAAGACAUCCACAGCAGUGUUUCGCGUGUUGGAAAAGCCAUUGAUAAGAAUUUCGAUUCUGACAUUAGCAGUGUGGGAAUAGACGGCUGCUGGCAGGCAGACAGUCAGAGGCUUCUCAAUGAGGUGAUGGUGGAGCACUUCUUUCGACAAGGAAUGCUGGAUGUAGCUGAGGAGCUCUGCCAGGAAUCUGGUCUUUCUGUAGACCCAAGUCAGAAAGAACCGUUUGUGGAGUUAAAUAGAAUUUUAGAAGCAUUAAAAGUCAGAGUUCUGAGACCUGCUCUGGAAUGGGCAGUAUCAAACCGAGAAAUGCUCAUAGCCCAGAACAGUUCCUUGGAAUUUAAACUACACAGACUGUAUUUUAUUAGCUUGUUAAUGGGUGGAACUACAAAUCAGCGAGAGGCAUUACAAUAUGCUAAGAAUUUUCAGCCAUUUGCCCUAAAUCAUCAAAAAGACAUUCAGGUUUUGAUGGGCAGCCUUGUGUACCUGCGACAGGGGAUUGAGAACUCCCCAUAUGUUCACCUACUUGAUGCAAACCAGUGGGCUGACAUCUGUGACAUCUUCACUCGGGAUGCCUGCGCCCUGCUGGGGCUCUCCGUGGAGUCCCCUCUCAGCGUCAGUUUCUCAGCAGGUUGUGUGGCGCUGCCAGCUCUAAUUAAUAUCAAAGCUGUGAUAGAACAGAGGCAGUGCACUGGAGUCUGGAACCAGAAGGAUGAGUUACCUAUUGAAGUGGACCUUGGUAAAAAGUGCUGGUAUCACUCUAUAUUUGCCUGUCCUAUUCUUCGUCAGCAAACAACAGAUAACAAUCCGCCCAUGAAGUUGGUCUGUGGUCAUAUUAUAUCAAGAGAUGCCCUGAAUAAAAUGUUUAAUGGUAGCAAAUUAAAAUGUCCAUAUUGUCCAAUGGAACAAAGUCCAGGAGAUGCCAAACAGAUAUUUUUCUGAAGAAAUUAAUUUUCAAUUUGUAAGUGACACUGAAUUGUGGCGCAUUUCAGAAGAGAACGUUCCAUUUAAUGCAGCUAACUGAGGACUCCCGUGUUUAUAUAAGCUAACGCUCCAGAAACUUUGCCAACAUUUUAGUGUACACACUGAGGGGAGUGCCCCAGAUGAAUAUUAUCAUAGGGCUUUAUUAUAUUCUUGGUCUUCAUUUCUGAUCAAGUAAAUACACCAGCAGUUGUCAUUCAAUGCAGGUUUUUGUACUUAAUUCUAUGGUGAUUUUUUUACUUUUUAAGAGCAGAAACAGAAAACCUCCCUGCCAUGUGUUUAAUAUUUCUCCUGCUUUUACUUUAGUCAUUUCUUGAUAAUUGUAAGGUUUGAGAAUGUUUGUGAAAAAGUUUUACUUCCUGUUAUGUAUACAAAAUUAAAUGAAAAUUCUUCAGAAAAAAGUUUGAAAAACUGAAUUGUGGUUAUAAAACCAAUUUGCAUUUGUUUUGCUUGAGGAAGGAAGCUGCGAUAGAUUUCCCAAUCUGCUUCUUGCUGUUUUCCUCUGCCCCAGCUCUCCCCGAGAAGUUAGCAGACCUGCACUUGAGCUCUGCAUGCAGCCCCAGGGGGCUGCCCGGUUCUGAUUCCAUCAUGAAUUCGUCAGGUUGGUGUGAGAAGUCUUCCACUAGAACAGAGUGGAAGGAGUACUAUUGUUUCUUUGCUUUUAUUGCCAAGAGGUGCUUGUUUUAAAAGUGUGUUCAAUAAAAUGAAAUUCUGAAGUUAGAGGUGUUCUUAAGUUAAUAUUUGCUCUCUUGCUCUUGGUAGCCCUGUUCUCAGAAUCUGCCUUCAGGACUUGGCUGUCUGUUUCUUCGCAUAUCAUUGCAGGCACAGUGUUGUGUGUGUGUGUGUAUAUGUGCACCAGCAUCAAACAUUGUGUCCCUGGAAGGGAAGAAGCAUGUUCCAGUCCUCAAAUGCAGUUACCAGACUCAUUACUUUAAAUCCUUAAAGUUAGAAGUUAGCCUAUUUUCUGUAGUGCAGAAUACGUUUAUUGCUGUUUUUGUAUUUGAAUAGUAUACUGUUAAAUGCCUCUCUUCUGCAAAGUGUAUCAUCUCCUUGACUGUGAAUCUGUAUAUUAUUCUAAUGGAUACAGAUAAUGAUCUUUCUCUUGUGAGGUAUCUUCAUUUAAUGCACUGUCCAGAAAAAGCAGUGUGUAAGAGGCUUUCUCUAUAUGAUGAACCAACUACGCGGAAAGGACUUCUGUGGACAUACUUCUGACUUAAGCACGUUAAUUCACUUCAUUAGGAGAAGAAUGUUCUAUGGAAAUCACCAAAUAUUUGCAACUUUAUUUCAUCUGACAUGGAGCUGAACGUCAAUAUAGGAACAUUUUGAUGAAAAAACGAAGAAGGAAGAAAACACAGAAGUAAAGAGGACCGGGACACUUUGCGUUUUAAACUGCAGAUUGGUUUCUUCCGCGGGGAGGGAGAAAACAGGUUUGGUGCUGAGUUGGCUGGAAAGUGCCAGCCAUUUGCAGUAGCGUGCCAGCCCAUACCAGACCAGGUGGUCUGUCCUGAAAUGUCUGUCUGGGAGGGCGGGGGUACGUCUGAAGGAAAGGGGUACCUGCAGGAGAACCCUGCCGGACUCCGGUCUGUGGUCAGGCUCCCGGGUGACCACUGCGGGCGGCGUUAGGCUAGCCAGGCACGCGCUUGCUCUGUCCGAAUUCAGUCUUGGCCCCACCGGGACUUUAGCCAUGUUUUCUGCUUUCCUGUCGGAACCCUCCCUGAAGUUACCCCUCUCUCCAGCAAAGCAGUGAAGGAAGAGAGCAGGGAGAAGCUCGUUGGACUCCAUAAGAGAAGGUAGAGAAUUCCAGGCAACUCUGGCUGAGGAUGUAAAACAGGUAUUUUCCUUUGAAUUAAAAUCCAGAGGGUGUUUUGUUUUGUUUUGUUUUGUUUACUUCUUUUUUCUCAGGCCAGAUUUAGCUUUUCUCAGUACCACUCUUCUUCUCUCACCUUUCCACCUGAAACACUUACAAAACAUUUAGGCUUCACAUAAGAUUUGUACAGUGUAGAUAGAUGUUGCUCUAGAGGCUGGUGGUAAUUAUUUUUGGGGGCCACAUGCUUCACAUAGUUGGCUAAGGCCACUUUUAAGGACAGAGUGCUCUGUCCCUCUCCCAGUGUUGAGAAUGCUGUUGACUGUUUUCUGUGUAAGGUCCUUAACAGUCCUACUGGGAAAGGUAGGACCAGAAAUUUGAAACUCUCAAUUUGACAUGAAAAUUAUAUCUUGUGACCUUUAACUAAAGGCAUGGACUUAAAAUCAUCGGUGACUAAAUGGGAAGGAGAGGCAGAUUUGACAAGGCCAGACCUUAACCAAAGAUGCAGAAAUACAACAUGUGGUCCUUUCUGCUCUGGAAACUCCUUGGCCAGUGGCGCCAGGACAUUGCUGCCGAGGCUGUGUGGUCAGCAGUGCCGGCGGAGGCUCCUCGCCACAUUCUGCCUCCGUUUGCAGGAGGCCGUGACACAGUCAAGGGUGUUUUUCUGGUCAGACUAAUUAUAAUAAUCUACAUUGAAAACAGAAUUGCAGUGGUUUCCUCAAUUUCCAUAGGAACCAUUCCAUUUACCAGUCGCGGACGAAGGCCAUGGAACUAUGCGAAACCAAGAAAACCUUAUUAGAACCUUAGAUUCUGAUUUAGCCAGAGCGUCUGUGCUUUCUAGUACAGUCUGAAGUACAGCGGCUAAGUGUCUUUUGAUCUUUUUUCUCCUUUGUGCGAUCAUCACAAAUGCUGUUUCUAUCAUUUUGGUGGUGAUUCUGUGAGACUUCUAGUACAUAAAUGAACGGGUAUUGGUGCCUCUUGAUUUUAAAAAUGUUGAAGAGAAGAGCCACCUCAUAUUCAUAGGGUGUGUGAGUAUUCUGUGAGUGUAUGAGCAUUUAAUUGAAAAUAAGAAAGUUAUGGAGUUAAUCUUUUGAUUUUUUUUUUUUUCCUGUAGCAGCUGAUGUAUACAGAGACACUAAGACCCACAGCAAAUCCUGUGGGGAAUGAGGAUCCUCUUUUCUCUCCAGGCUGUCCCACAGGCCGGGUAGAUCAAUCAGUAUUCUUGAUGCUGUGAGUUCUGUCCACCUCAGUGGUUCAGCCUUUGGGAUGAUAGAUACUGCAGAAACCAUAACUCUUGGUUCUCCGCACAAGACAAGCUGCUGGUAGGCAUUAGCCCUCUGGUGUUCGAGCUCAACCUCUGAUGAGUGGACUGACAGUCGAGCUGGUCAGUUUGCUUAGUCAGCAGACUCAGGUUAUUUUCAGGGAAGGCAUGGUUUGGUUAAUUUCAUCACCAGGAUGUGUAAGGUGAAGACACAAACCAAAUACCUUUCAUUGCUUAACUCUACGUACAUUAUCCUUGGUAACACUAGAGUGCCGUGGUCUUGAGCGAAUGUUAGCAAGGAACACACACGCAGAAGGUCUGUUGCUUCAUAAGCCCGUCCAGCCGCGGUGGGUUUUAUGUGGUACGGUAGUGUUUACCAUAAGCAGGUACAGACUUCUUGAACUGUUCUUACUGAACUAUGAUUGAAUAGAUACCAAAAAUAGAAUGACAAAUGUAUUUUAAUAGCAGAUGAGGCAGUUAGUUUUAGGGUGAGUUUUCCGCUGUUGGUUUUACUUCAGGGGGAUAGUGAGGGAAAACAAGUUUUGUUUUCAAGACCUUUCCCUCUACGGUUCUAAACUGUAGUGAGCAUAUGCUUCGUUUACUUCCAAAGAGGCAACAGCAGCUGGAAUUAGCUUAUGGCACAUGCUUUGUUUCAUGUUGUGGGUGAGGAUUCCUACUCUUACUUUAGCAGUCCCUUCACGUUCCCCAGCAAGGCAGAUGUGGGGUUCACUAGGAUUUAGUGCCUGAUCUUUUUUUUGGGGAAGGGGGGAGUGAAUGUACUGGGAAUGGGAGGGAAGCAGGAGUAGAUGGGAGUGUGAGUGGGUGUGCAUGUGUCUGAAAUUCACCAUUACCCCCACCUGUGUCUAGCAAGGAACAGGUAUUUAAUGUAUUUUGCUCAUGACUGCAGUGUGCAUGUAUCUUUUUUUUUCCUCCUCUGUGUUUUCUAAACUUACACUAAAAGGAUUCAUUAAAUCAUCUUGUUCAGAUGGCUCAGGAUUGUAUUUCUUUUGCUUCCGCUGUGCUCUUGGGUUCUAUAGUAUUUCUAUAAUUAUGUAACAAAAAUAGUGUUGCACUGUAAUCUAUCAUAUAGAGCUAUAUGUAUGGAAAAUUUUGAUCAGUUUUUUAAGAAAUGUAUCCUGUUUGCAAAGGCACAAUAAAGUUGCAUCUUAUAGACUAUAGGCAAUAAAGCUAACAAUAAACCUUAUUUAACACAAACCAUAUUCAUAUUCUCUGUUCAUUUGAUUUUGGAAAAAGUCCACCAUAUCCAGUAGUUUCAGGGAUUUCGUUUUGACUUUAAAAGUUCUGCUAUACUUAAUUUAUAAAUUUCAGACUGAUAUAAUAGAAUUUUGGAAAACUAUAACAAAUGCUUUGUUAAUGUGUGUAUUCCUAUGUAAAACACAUGGCUUCUCCUGUGUAUAUUUUUAAAAAUUAAAGAAAUGCACAUUUAAAAA